GGUUUUUGAAAUCUCACUAGCAGGCGGUCAAACCGUCUUGAUGUGGUUGAGACCCACAUCUUCUGACAUUGAAUGGAGUCAACGGCUCUUUGAGAGCGAGACAGCUCUCCUCCGCUGGUUUUCCGCACACUCCGCGUUACCCGCGCCACGUCUUGUGCACGUCCUGCCAAAUAGCGCUAAAAUCGCUCGCAAUGCUUUCGUCACGCAGGGUUUCACAGGUGAUCCCAUCAAAAACUUAUACCCGACGUUGUCUUCACGCGCAAAGGUUUGUCUUUGUAUGGUUCAUUGUGUUAUCCGGUCGCUUGAAAAUGUUCAAAAGGAGCAACUGGUGCGGUCAUAUGCGGAUUUCGCACUGAAGUUGUUCGACAUCAAUGUCCCACAAACGAUCGGCUCUAUCUCUGUCGCGAGUUCAUCGGAUGAACUCAUCGUAAUACCGCGGAUUUACAAUGCUAAUCACGCCCAUACCUCUGAAGUUUUUCCCACUUUGCAAAAAUACCUCGAAUACCUCUCCACAUUGAAGACAAGGCGCGCAUUCACUUCAGACGCCGGGGAUGAGAAUAGAUUCCGAGCACAAGCAUCCAUAUCACAAUUAAUUGCGCACCUGCGGGGGCACUUGACUCAACUCGAUGAACGGUGUGUUCGUCACAUGGUACUGGCACACGACGGACUGGGAGACAUGAAUCUGAUGGUUGAUUCCUCCGGCAACAUCACUGGUAUCUUGGACUGGUGGAUGAAUUCGACAUUGCCUGCUAUACUCGCUGCAGAGUAUCCCCCCUGGCUCAGAUACGAUGGAAUCAACGACCCUCGAUUUGCUGCUCCGAAGAAAUCGUGGCUAGAAACACCGGAAGAAAGCGCAAGACUACGAAGAAUAUACCAGGGGGUACGACUCGCCUUUCAUCCUGAUGGUUAUUUGCUCAUAUGGCUACCGCGGCAGGCUGUGAAACACAAUGACGUUUACUAUACAGCACUAAUGCAAGGCACUCAAUUACGAGCAGCUGUAGGUUGGGUAUUUGACAUCGAAGAUGACCCGUGCUUUGCAAGAAUGAAACAGUGGACGCUGAGCGCUUUUGGUCCCCCAAUUGGAAACCCCCCAAAUGAUAGUCAGUGCAUUAUUACAUAGCUGCUGAGUCUUCUAUCAGCUGCGCAUGGCCCGGACGUAUUUCAGAUAGUUCUUGUCCUAUAUUUUCAUGUCUUUGAUGUGUAUAUUGCUUUUCUUGUUUAAAGUUUGAUGCGGGCGUUCAGCGAAACUCUGUACGCAACCUUUUACUCACACGCAAUGAUAAUGCGAAUAAGCCGUCAAGAUGUUGAUAACGAAUCGACGAUCUAACGACCUAGACAGGAAC